ACUAACCAACCUGUAUACCUCAGUAUAAGUCACCGCUGAAAGCAUCUGUAUAUAAUCUAUGUCCAUCUGUAUAGUGUGGAAUGUAUAGCUGAUGGGUUUAUUAUAACUAAGAGAACUUGGUGAGCAGUUCCCCUUCCACCACCUGGAUUCUGUUUACAUGACCCACGCUCUGUGCUAUCCUCCAAUGUGCUAGCUAUUGAGGGUUGGUGAACUGGCAGACUUUAUCUACCAUCCCGGUUUGUUUUUAGAAAAUGACAACCUGCAACCAGCUAUCUUUUUAGUUUCUGGCAUGCAUUGGAAAUCUGUAGACCCCGGUGCAUAGGUAAGGCCUCUCUGCUUACUUUCCAAUGGAGGACUCUCUUUCUCGUCAGAACACAGGCGUGAUGCCAUACCUGGUGGCUACAUCUCAGAUCUUGGGGGUGGCAGUAUUGGCCAUCACAGGGACAUGGCUGUCCCGUUACAGAGGAGGCUUCUCAUGGGAGGGACCAGAGCAGUUCAACGUCCAUCCACUGUGCAUGGUGCUAGGAAUGGUAUUCCUGUGUGGUGAUGCUUUAUUGGUGUAUCGAGUGUUUAGACAUGAAACAAAGAGAGCAACGAAGAUACUCCAUGGAGCACUACAUAUCCUGACACUGAUCAUCUCUCUUGUGGGGAUCGUUGCUGUAUUUCAGUUCCACCAAAAGAAACAAAUCCCCGACAUGUACAGCUUACACAGCUGGUUAGGCAUUGCUACAUUCAGCUUCUACAUCCUGCAGUGGAUACUUGGCUUUAUCGUGUUCUUCGUGCCUGGAGUGGCCUUUGCAUACAAAACUUUCUGUAAGCCUCUACACGUAUUCUUUGGUAUGGGACUUCUGGUGACUUCGAUUGCUACAUGCCUGCUUGGCCUUACAGAGAAAGCGCUCUUCUCAUUGCCAGAUCAAUACUCUCUACUGCCACCAGAAGGUGUUCUUAUCAAUGUAUUAGGAUUGCUGCUUGUAGCAUUUGGGAUGGUGAUUGUCUACAUUCUUACACGGGAGGAGUGGAGGCGGCCGCCAUUACCGGAAGAACAAGCUCUCUCCAUUGACUUCAAAACUCUGACAGAAGGGGGGGAGGAGAGCCCAACAGAGCCCUGACAGCGCCCAUGUCCUGCUAUUCUUAGUCAUUGUUAAUGGUGAUUCUUCUAUGUAUGGAGGUUAUUUUCUGUGUGGUUACAAUAAAUACAUCAUUUCUACAUCCAAAUAUAAAUCUAGGUAGUUACAAUAAACACCUUAACCCCACAGAUGAAGUGGAAUCUGAAAGUCUCACUAUCUCUGCUGUCCAUAGCAACCAGGCAUUUCAUCCUUUUAACCUGCACUACAGAUAUGAAGAGGUGCCAUGUGGUUAUGGGUAGAGGUGCCCCUUUCUCCUUCAUACAUGAAGCCACCUGCAGUUCUUUAUGAAGGCUUCUUUUAAUAACCUUGUGC